AUGGAUACUCAUGACCGACUGAUGGGCCUUGACUUGCCUCAUGGCGGACAUCUUUCCCAUGGCUACCAGACGCCGACCAAGAAGAUAUCUGCAGUGUCAAAGUAUUUUGAAACUCUGCCUUACCAACUGGAUGAGCGUACCGGCUAUAUCGAUUACGAUAACCUUGAAAAGCUGGCCACCAUCUACCGACCCAAGAUCAUCAUUGCCGGAACCAGUGCUUAUAGCCGCUUGAUUGAUUACCAGCGCAUACGGGAAAUUUGCGACAAGGUCAACGCUUAUAUGGUGGCAGAUAUGGCGCACAUCUCUGGUCUUGUUGCGGCCAAGGUGUUGCCCGGUCCAUUCCCCUUCGCUGACAUCGUCACCACCACUAGCCACAAGAGUCUCCGUGGCCCCCGGGGAGCUUUAAUCUUCUUCCGUAAAGGUGUUCGAAGGCAGAACCCAAAGACAAAAGUGGACGAAAUGUACGAUCUUGAGGGUCCAAUCAACAACUCCGUUUUCCCCGGUCACCAGGGUGGUCCUCACAACCAUACCAUAACGGCUCUUGCUGUAGCGCUGAAGCAGACACAGACGCCUGAAUUCCAGGCCUAUCAGUCCCAAGUUUUGGCAAAUGCCAAGGCCUUCGCCAAGCGUCUUGGAGAAGACAAGGGAAAAGGCGGCCUGGGAUAUAAUCUUGUCAGUGGCGGUACCGACAACCACCUCGUUCUCGUCGACCUUAAGCCCCAUGGCAUUGACGGCAGCAGAGUGGAGCGUGUUCUGGAACUAGUUGGCGUUGCUGCGAACAAGAACACCGUCCCAGGCGAUCGAUCAGCCUUGGUGCCUGGCGGUCUUCGUAUGGGAACGCCCGCCAUGACAACUCGUGGCUUCCGUGAAGACGAUUUUGUCCGCGUAGCAGAUGUUGUUGACCGAGCUGUCACCAUUGCGACUCGCAUUAACAAGACUGUGCGAGCGGCAGCUCAAGAGCGAGGUGAAAAGUCGCCCGGCAAGCUCAAGCUUUUCGUAGAGCAUCUGGGCAAUGGAGACAGCGAUCCGGAGAUUGUGCAGCUGAAGAGCGAGGUCGCGGACUGGGUGGGCACAUACCCUCUCCCUUGGGACGCGGCUCAAUAG